AUGUCGGCAUUUACAGAAGCAAAUCGCAAAGCCUUCGAUGACCUCUCCGCUUCCUAUAACACAAAGCCUUGGCAGCAUGCUCUAGCAAACCAGGUAGCAGAGGCUCUGCAGCAACGGAAAGACUGGAUUGGAGCACUAUGGGUCGAUGCGCAAGAGCAUCCCAAGAAGCGCGAUGUUCGACUUCUGGAUUAUGCAUGUGGAACAGGUGCAAUCACAAAGGCUCUGGGUCCAUAUGUCAAGACUAUCAGAGGAAUUGACAUCAGCGAGAACAUGGUAAUCAAGUACAAUGAAGCGGCUAAAUCUUCUGGUCUUAGCGAGGAACAAGCUCAUGCAGUGGUCGGUGACCUCUGUGCACAGAAAGCAACCCAGGAUCCGCAGUUCAGAGAUCAGGAAUGGUAUGAAUUCGAUAUCGCAGUCAUUGGUCUUGGGUUUCAUCACUUUGAGUAUCCAGACAUUGCCAUGAAGCGUCUGGCCGAGCGAUUGAAGGCAGAUACUGGUGUCUUGGUCAUUGUCGACUUCUUGCCCUUUGAUGAGAAGCACAAUCACGACCACUCCGGCAAUGAAGGCGAAUCCCAGGAGAUGAAGCACACAAUCAAACACAAUGGCUUCAAGCCGGAAACCCUGCGAGAUAUGUACAUCGAAGCUGGAUUCGAAGAUUUCGAUAUCGUAGCUUUGAAACAGCCUGCCGUCAUGGAGCUCAAGACGGGCACUGUUCAGAGGACUCUGUUCGUUGCAAAGGGAAGGAAAUCAGCGACUUGGCGGCAAAAGCUUUCGGGUUGGGUCGACCCAGUGGAGGCGGGAAAGAAAGGAGGAAACUCUUCCGGCGCUUCGUCCGACGACUCUGGUGACAGCGGUAGCGGUGGUAAAGGUGAAUUCGCAGGCGGCAAAGUCGACCCAGUUGAGGCUGGCAAGAAGGGAGGAAAGUCUUAG